AUGGAGCUCGCAGCGGCUGUCGUUUUCUGCCGGCACAGCGGGGAAGUCACGCGGCGGAGAGGCAGCAGGGGGAACGCUUACUGGCGGCAGGUGUGGCGCGUGAUCCGGCGGGGGAAUCCCGGAUGGCGGCGCAUCCCGACGGCGAUGUCGCAGCAGCGGAAGCGCAUGAAAUGGCGAUACGACGCGGAGACGCUCGUCCCGCGGCGGAAGCGGCGGCGGCGGCGGGGGACGGGGCGGUGCCCCGCAAAUGGGACGACGGGCGCGGAGCAGCUGGCGUGGGGCGCGGAGCAGAGAGGUGGCGCGAGACAGCAGACGGGGGGCGCAGAGCAGCGGGCAGGGGGCGCUUUGGGACAGCAGGCGGAGAGCGCGGAACAGCAGGCAGGGAGCGCGGAGCAGCAGGCGGGGGCCUCGGUUCAGCAGCGGCAGGGAGGGUCUACUAACGCGGAUGAGCGGGCCAUAGCAGAGGAGAGCACAUUCGAGAGGAAUGGGUCGAAACCACCAGCAUGGUUUGAGUACAUUCGCAUGUUCUAUCGGACUGAGCUGCAGGCGAGGAAAGACGUUGCUCGGCGGCAGCAGCAGCUGCAGCAGCAGCAGCACCGACAGCGGCAGCAGCAGCAGCAGCAGCAGCAGCAGCAGCAGCAGCAGCAGCAGCAGCAGCAGCAGCAGCAGCAGCAGCAGCAGCAGCAGCAGCAACGGGGGCAGCAACAGCAUCAGGGACAGCAAGAGCAGCAGCACCAGCAGCCGCAGCAGCAGCAACAAAAGCAGCGGGGAAACACAGCAGCGCCGGCCACUGCCUCUCCCUUUGCACCUGCUGAGGGGCAACCCUCUGACUCGAGGCAACCCUCUGACUCGAGGCAACCCUCUGACAACUACCUGCAGUGCCUGCGCAACAAAGUCACCGCUGUUCCCACCUCUACAGACCCGAUAUUUGACUUCAGGCGAAAUUAUGGGGGAUUUGACAACAACCUUCUGCGCCUGCCCGGUAACAACAGGGUUACGCUUGCUGCCGGCGCUACAGCCCCCCUGCCUGCUACAAUUUCCUUGCCUGCUACAGCCUCCUUGCCUUCAACAGCCCCCCUGCAUGCUGCAGCCCCCUUUCCAGCUACUUCCCCCCUGCCUGCUACAUAUUUCCAGCCAGCAAGUUAUGAGCACGCAACAGCCCACAGGCAAGGGGCAGCAGCAGCAACGGGUGGUUUGACUGCUGGGGGAAUCUCACUACGUGGUAGGGCUGGUGGGAUGCAUGGGAGGGAGCAGCGGGAGCGGAAUGAGGUAAGAUCAUCAAGGAGAGGAACAGAGAGGUUCGCAGGAGGUAGAAAGGGUUCGAGUGCAGGGGUUUCGGGCAAGAGGUUAGGUGGGAGGUUGGGCGAGAGGUUGGGCAAGAGGUUGGGCGACAGGGUGGGUGAAAGAUUAACUGCUGCCAUGGGUGCGGCUGUGAGAAAUGCGUGCCUUCAGUUUGAUGAGCUCACUCGGGAGUUGUUAGCAGAUGCUUACUCGCAGUUUGAGGAGCUUUCACAGCGACUGGCAGAAGAUGCUUCUGCUCAGUUUGAGGAGAUCGCGAGAGAGCUAAUGGAGGAGUGUGCGACGGCUAGUGGUGUAACGGGGGCGAGCACUGUCGCAGAAGGCGGAGCUUCCCAGGACUGCCGCUUCCAGCCGCUGACGCUGCUGCCAGAGGAUCACGAGAACGGGGAGGCUUGUAACGAGUAUGACUACGCGGCGUGCGCGGAGGAGGACCUCGACGCGUACCUCGAGUCGCUUCCCAAGUCGAACCGCUGGACCGGACUGAAAGCGUCAUGCGCCGAGGCAACAUCCGCAUCGAGGAGCUUCGAGCUUCGUUUCGAAGCACUUCAUUUAUCCCUGGAGGCGUCGUGCGCGUGGCUGGACCAGGCCAACAUCCGCAUCGAGGAGCUCGACCUCACGCACGGGCUGCCAGAGCACCUCGUCCUGAACCAGCCACGUGCCCACCACGCGCCCGACACGCAUAACCCACACGCUACUGCUGGCGCUGCUGCUACUUCUGCUUCUACAGCUGCGUUCCCUCUGCCUCCUGCCGUCCCUUCCGCUUCUGCUGCUGCAGCCGCGACAGCAGGGGAUCUUCACCACAAGCUCUCGUCCCACUCCUCCUUCUCAGGUGUUUCCACCAACUCGCAGCAGCACAAGCACCACCCCACGCUCCGGUCCCUCUCAUCCUCUCUCCUUAACCACCUCGGGUUCUCCUCCCGCCCCCACUCUUCCCCCCGCUCCUCCCCCUCCCCCUCCGCCUCUGCCUCCGCCUCCGCCUCCCCUCUGAAGUCCCGCCAGGCGCCCAGACGCCAUAGCAAGGAGUUCGCGCUCAGGCCGAACCCGCAGCAGCAGAUUCACCACUCCCAGCUCACAUCUUCACCGCUCCCCAUCCCUCACCACCAUGCCUCUUCCUCCCCUGGUGUACCCCAUGGCCAGUCCUCCUCCUACUCCUCCUCUCCGGGUGCCCCCUUUGAUCCGAUUCACAACUCUUCCUCUUCCCCGGGCAUGCCCUUAGCCCCACUGCACCAAUCCUCGUCCUCUCCUAGACUGCCCCUGGCGCCCAUUCACCAGGCCUCAUUUCACCACUCUUCCUCCUCUCCCGGAAUGCUGGUUCAUCCCAGUGGCGUUCCCUUAACGAAAUUUGCUGUGCCAGAACACAGCGGGGUGCAGUAUCAACCGGGCGUUCUUUACAGUCACAUGGAUGGGGCCGAUCUGGGGGGCAGCAGUGGCAUCUACAGUGCGAAAUUCAUUGAUGCAGAGGAAGAGAGUGGCAUCUGGUUGCUCCUCUGGAAGAAGCUUCCUCUGAAGCCUCCUCCAACAUGA